GUACUAAAGAAAAUAUGGAGAGGAAGAAUAGGAUUCUUGUAUUUGGGGGAACUGGUUACAUUGGGAAGUAUUUGGUGAGGGCAAGUGUCUCUUUAGGCCAUCCAACUUUGGUAUACACUCGCCCUCUUAAUGCACAAACUCCUCCCUCUAAGGCACAAGUUUGCAAGGAGUUUAACUCCAUAGGGGUCACACUUGUCCAUGGUGAACUUGAGCAUGAGCAGAUCUUGGCUGUGAUUAAACAAGUAGACAUUGUGAUAUGCGCUCUGGCAUCCCCUCAAGUGAUGGAGCAACUCAAAAUUAUAGAUGCUAUCAAAGUUGCUGGUAAUAUAAAGAGGUUCAUUCCAUCAGGAUUUGGCGCGGAAGAAGAUUCAGUAAAACCUCUUCCUCCAUUCCAAGCUGUUCUUGAUAAGAAAAGAAAAAUUAGAAGGGAAAUUGAAGCAGCUGGGAUCCCUUACACUUCUAUAUCUGCAAAUUGUUUUGGUGCAUACUUUGUCAAUUAUUUACUUCACCCAUAUGAAAAUGUGAAGGAUAUUACUGUCUAUGGCAACGGGGAAGCAAAAGCUGUGCUAAAUUACGAAGAAGACAUUGCUAUGUAUACUGUUAAAGCGGCAAAUGAUCCAAGAACAUGCAACCGCGUCGUUAUUUAUCGGCCACAGAAGAAUAUCAUAUCACAGAAUGAGUUGACAUCAUUGUGGGAGCAAAAAUGUGGUCAGACUUUUCACAAGGCUUUCAUUUCGGAAGAAGAAAUUGUCAAGCUAUCACAAUCCUUACCCUCUCCACACAAUAUUCCAGUUUCCAUCCUUCAUAGUAUAUUUGUUAAAGGGGACCUCGUGAGGUUCGAGAUAGAGGAAGAUGACCUUGAAGCUUCACAGCUAUAUCCUGAUUAUAAUUACACAUCCAUUGACCAACUUCUUGAUAUAUUUCUUGUUGAUCCUCCACCCCCUGCAUCUGCUGCUUUCGAAUAAUUAAAGCCCUUUCAAGUUUGUUAAAAUGAAGUUUGUGAUCUUCCAAAUACCGCUGACUAAAGCAUAAUUGUAUUUAUCUUUGAGGAUAAGAUUUGUUAGUCCAAUCUAGGUUUUGCUAUGUUCUCUAAAUAAGAUUGGUAUAGUAUACUCAUGUACCAUAUAAAGAACAAGCUUGCAUAAGAAUUUGAUUGUGUA